GUGCGGCCGAUGCGGCUACCGCCCAACACGCCGCUGGAGAAGUUCGCCGAGUUUAUACACCUCGUCCAAGAGAUUUGCGGCCGCGAAAAUGUCGAGAUUGUCGCCAAACCCGAGCAACUAUCUAAAGAUCAUUAUCUUGAUCAGAGCAAGGUACACGAUAUGUUCUACCUGCUGGGAAAGGAUUGCUUUGUAUCGUCUGCCGUUGUUGCCCCACGCGAUGUAUCGGAGGUUCAACAGAUUGUCCGACUGUGCAAUGAUUUCGACAUUCCCCUAUGGCCAUUCUCGAUCGGUCGAAAUGUUGGUUACGGCGGUGCUGCGCCAAGGGUCCCAGGGUCGGUCGGACUCGAUCUUGGUAAAAACAUGAACAAGAUUCUCAAAGUCGACGUGGAGGGCGCCUACGCGCUGGUGGAACCUGGAGUGACUUAUGCAGACCUCCACAACUACCUUGUCGAACACAAUCUGCGCGACAAACUCUGGAUCGACGUGCCUGACCUAGGCGGAGGCUCCGUUCUUGGCAAUACCACUGAGAGAGGUGUCGGCUACACCCCAUACGGCGACCAUUUCAUGAUGCACUGUGGCAUGGAAGUGGUUCUGCCCGACGGUAGCCUUGUCCGUACGGGCAUGGGUGCGCUGCCAAAUCCGAAUAGCGACCCCAGCAAGCCUGCUCACGAACAAGAUGCGAAUGAGUCGUGGCAAUUGUUCAACUAUGGAUUCGGCCCAUACAACGAUGGGAUCUUCACUCAGUCCUCCCUAGGAAUCGUGGUGAAGAUGGGCAUCUGGCUUAUGGUGAAUCCUGGUGGGUAUCAAAGCUACAUGAUUACCAUUCCCAAGGAUGAAGAUCUUCAUAAGGCAGUGGAGAUAAUCAGACCGUUGCGCGUAUCGAUGGUUCUUCAGAAUGUCCCGACCAUCAGGCACAUCCUUCUGGAUGCAGCUGUUAUGGGAAACCGAGCUUCGUACACCAAUUCAGACAAGCCACUCACGGACGCGGAGUUGGACCAGAUAGCUGCGAAGCUGAAUCUCGGACGUUGGAACUUCUACGGUGCACUCUACGGCCCUGAACCUAUUCGACAGGCAAUGUGGCAAGUCGUCAAGCAGGCAUUCUCCGCUAUCCCAGGCGCAAAAUUCUAUUUCCCUGAAGAUCAGCCCGACAAUCUCGUUCUUCAAACAAGAAACCUGACGCUACAGGGCAUACCAACCACGACCGAGUUGAAAUGGGUCGACUGGCUGCCCAACGGCGCUCAUCUCUUCUUCUCACCCAUCGCCAAAGUAACUGGGGACGACGCAAUGGCCCAGUAUCAGCUCACGAGGAGUCGCUGCGAGGAAGUUGGACUGGACUUUAUUGGGACGUUCAUAAUUGGAAUGCGCGAGAUGCACCACAUUGUGUGCCUCGUCUUUGAUCGGAAGGACCCCGAGUCCUGCAAGAAGGCUCAUUGGGUCAUCUCAACUCUCAUCGAUGACGCAGCCGAACGAGGCUGGGGAGAGUACAGGACACACCUUGCGCUCAUGGACAAGGUUGCCCAGACAUACAGUUUCAACGACAACGCGCAGAUGAAGCUCAAUAGAGCUAUCAAGCAAGCUCUGGACCCCAGGGGAAUUCUUGCGCCGGGAAAGAAUGGGAUAUGGCCCAGUAACUACAACGCCGAACAGUGGGAGAUUGUCCCGAAGGGUGUGUAGACCUGGCUUUCAGUAGUAUACCAUACCAGAAUCUUAAAG